UCUACCAGACAACAAAUCGCCGCCCUUCUUUAUUGAAACGGCCAGCUGUAAGUAACUGCGUGAUGAAAACUAGCAUCGGCAUUUAAGCAACAAGUGACAAACUUUUUUAAAGCGGAACAAUCGUGAGGAAGUUGCGCUGACGUGGGAUUGUGGAUGAAAUCUGGCGGGCCUGUGCGGGAUCGAUUCUGUUCACCAUGGAGAUCACUACACCUAAUGCGUUGGCGGAUCAUGCUGUGUGUCAGUGUCCCGUUAUCCGGUCUGUAGGACCAGUCUGAAAAAGAGGCAGCACCCAGUUGCUUCCCUGAGAAAAUAUUUCACCGAUUACUGGAAGUUAAAAAAACAGGAUUUCAUUGUUUUGUUCUUUAUUACAUUUUAUUUGGAUAUGUCGGAUAUUGUUGGAUAGACUAUGAAUUCUUCAGGAUGGGAGCGAACAAUGGCAAACAGUAUGGAAGCGACGGCAAAGGCAGUUCAAGCAUCUCCUCCGACGUGAGUUCAAGUACGGAUCACACGCCGACCAAAGCACGAAAGAAUGCAGCUACCAGUGAAGAUUCUGACUUGAGCAUGCGGACAUUAAGCACGCCCAGCCCUGCUCUAAUAUGUCCGCCCAGCUCACAGACCUUCAUAAAUGGAAAAGGCUCCUCAACAUCUUCAUCUUCCAUCACUGGUGAGACAGUGGCUAUGGUCCAUGCGCCACCCAGCACCUGCCUGCCCCGUCCUCACAUCCGGCCAGCAUCUAGACUGCAGAAGGAGCAUGCCCCUAUUGACAUCCUUCCGGACCCUGUGUUUCUGCAGAUUUUCUCUCAUUUGCCCACAAAUCAGCUUUGCCGCUGUGCCCGAGUGUGUCGCCGUUGGUAUAACCUGGCUUGGGACCCCAGGCUGUGGAGAACUAUCCGUUUAACAGGAGACACCAUUCAUAUUGACCGAGCCUUAAGGGUGCUAACUCGAAGACUGUGUCAGGAUACUCCUAACGUGUGCCUUAUGUUGGAAACUGUCAUUGUUAGUGGCUGCCGGCGGCUCACAGAUAGAGGACUCUACACCAUUGCAGAGUGUUGCCCUGAACUGAGAAGGUUGGAGGCUUCAGGUUGCUAUAACAUAUCAAACGAAGCUGUUUUUGAUAUUGUAUCAAGGUGCCCUAACCUGGAAUAUCUGGAUGUCUCAGGUUGCUCCAAGGUGACAUGCAUCAGUUUGACUAGAGAAGCCACAAUCAAGCUCUCCCCAAUGCAUGGCAAGCAAAUCUCCAUCCGCUACCUUGACAUGACUGACUGUUUCGUCUUGGAGGAUGAAGGACUCCACACAAUUGCUGCCCACUGUACGCAGCUCACUCACCUCUAUCUUCGCCGCUGUGUACGCAUCACAGAUGAAGGCCUGCGCUAUUUGGUCAUCUAUUGCACCUCAGUGAAGGAACUAAGCGUUAGUGACUGCCGUUUCAUAAGUGACUUUGGCUUGCGGGAGAUUGCUAAAUUGGAGUCACGGCUGAGAUACCUCAGCAUUGCCCACUGCAGUCGUAUCACCGAUGUAGGUAUUCGGUAUAUAGCCAAAUACUGCAGCAAACUGCGUUACCUGAAUGCCAGGGGUUGUGAGGGCAUCACGGACCAUGGUCUUGAGUACCUUGCCAAAAACUGUGGUAAGCUCAAAUCUUUGGAUAUCGGCAAAUGCCCUCUGGUCUCUGAUGCUGGUCUGGAGUUCUUGGCCUUGAACUGCUUUAACCUAAAACGACUAAGUCUCAAAUCAUGUGAGAGCAUUACAGGCAGAGGUUUGCAGAUUGUAGCUGCCAACUGCUUCGAUCUACAGAUGUUGAACAUCCAGGACUGUGAUAUCACAGUGGAGGCUCUUCGCUUUGUGAAACGCCACUGUAAACGGUGUGUGAUUGAACACACUAAUCCAGCCUUUUUCUAACUGUAACAUCCCCCAUUUCAUAUUUACAGAGUCAUGAUUGUCUGCAAAAUGGAAUGAAGGCAUGGCACUAAUCAAGCAAACUAGGCUGUGGGAGCAUGGGGAUCAUUCAAAUAAUGCAAAGAGUAACAAUGGGAAUACUGCAAUCAUGUAUUUCACUUUUUUAUUUUUAUUUGCCUGUCAUUCAUUCUGUACUUUUUUAUAACAUUAAGGCAUUUGCCUCUUAACUUCCCUUGUGAUUUUUUUUCUUCAUCUGCGUGCAUGGUACAUUAAUAAAAAUUAUCAGAAUUAUUUCCCCUUGAUAAAAGUUCAAAGCAAUUCUGGUAUCUAGACACCAGGACUAUAAAAAAUCCUGCAGCAUAAGGUCCUUCACGCGCAAAUUAUUUGGUUAAUUAAUGUGCUUUAAUUUCUUGGGUUCAAAUAAAAGUUGUUUAUUAACAA